AUGGCAAGCGUUAUCUCCCCCGGAAGCUUGCAGCAUGCCGCAACCUGCAACGGGGAAUAUUACGGUCGUUCAUUAUUUCGAAAUGAUCGAAACUCGACUCGAACGGUCUCGUAUACUUGGGAUUCCACCCGAACGCCAGGAUCAUCCGCUGCCGAUCAUCCCGAUAAAAGACAACAAGAUGGCCAGGUCCUAGCCAAUUCAGUAUCAUCAAAUUCUUCGGCCGCAUUUCGCAAGCCUGCGAUCCGAUAUAAACAUGGGCAACGUACACAAGCGACAGAUAAAGAUACAACAGUUGUGAAGAAUGUGCAUUUCAAUGAAACUUUCGAGCAAAGCUGUUUCUUCCUGUCAGCAGAUGCUCCCCAGGCAUUGAUGCCAGGCAUAGCUUCGACAAGAAAUGGAGAGGACAGCAUAUCUUCUGAUAUGAACGAACGAAAAAAGCUUUGCCUGUUGCUCUCCCCGCAUGCGUCACUAUCAGUGUGGCGGCCUGUUCAGUUAGAGAGCCUGGAACUUUUGCCAACCGGAAAUCAGAUCAAAGGGACGGUGAAAGUGCUAAAUAUCGGAUGGGAGAAAGUUGUGGCUGCUCGUUUCUCCUUCGAUGGGUGGAAAACGGUUUCGGAGGUAGCCGCGGAACAUGGGCAGUCCCUGUACUUGGGGCAUUCAGUUGUUUCUGACAGGUUCGUUUUCUUGAUUAAUCAUGAAACCUUCCCUCUUGAAAUUGGAAACAUUAUUUGUGUCUGCAUUCGUUACAAUGUUCUCGGCCAGGAAUACUGGGACAAUAAUGGAGGCACCAAUUUCAAUGUCACCUUGUCCAUUUAG